AUUUGACUAUGUGGACAGUCUAGGUCAUUAAAUGUCACAAAUACAUAUAAUAAAAUACACUUUUUUAAGUCACAAUUUUAAGAACAUAUUCUAAGAACAUAACAAUGUGAAUAACUAAAAGAAGUUAAAUAAUAUGUUUUUGAAAAUGUGGUGAUUUUAAAGCAGUGAAAGACAUUUAUUCACCUUCAGGGUGUUCCAAAUUUGUAUGUCUUUCUUCUGCAGAACAUAAAAUAAGAUAUUUUGAAGAAUGUGGGUAACUUAAGAGUUUCUGCCCCCAUUCCACUUAUUUCCAUAGUAUUUUUUCCCAUACUAUGGAAGACAAUGGGGACCAGCAACUGUUUUCAUUUUUGAUUUAUUUUUAAGCAUAACUGUUUGGUUCAUUUCAUUCAAGUUAUACAAUAAGAUAAAAACACUAAAGGCAUAUGACCUUUCUAGUGCUGGAGGCAUGAUUCUGGGGCGUAUUACAGAAAGAUCCUAACUUUAAAAUCUUAUCUUAUCUGUUUGGUAACCAUGGUAAUUUCAGUUAGGACCACAUUUAGGACAAAAGCUAUUACAGAACAGCAUUUCCUAAGUGCAUUAUCCUAUCUUAACUACAGAUAGGAAAGGGGUAUUACAGAAACCUCCCAACUUGACAAAAAACCCUAAAAACUGUCUUAACUUUAGGACAACCCCACAGCUGUCCUAACUUCAAAAUUAUUUGAAAAACAACGGAAAAAACACUUACAACUGUGCUGUCUGACCAUUGUAUUACAUUUAUUAAUAGUUGAAAAUGAAGAACGAAGAUGUUUAAUGGUAGAAAGAAUCUUGGUUAUAUUUUGAUGACAAAACACGUAUAAGUAAUUACAGACUGCCGUACAACAUAUUACAGUUAGCAACCAGCAUUAUAGAGACCAACAAAAGUGUCACGGAGCAUUAUUUGUUGUAGUGAAAGUGACUAAUGCCUUACGUUUUUUUGCAAAAGGCGAUUUUCAAAGUGAAGUAGCUUCUAUUAUUUUGUUUACCUCAUCAGCAUUGUUGGUUGCUUGGUAACAGACCUGAGAGUGGAUUGUCGAGCUUGAUUAUGCCAUUUAAGAUUUCCUAACUAGAGAUAAGAUACUAUUUUGUAAGAUAAGAUAAGAAUCCCAAAUCAAGUUAAGAUUUGCUUCUGUAAUACGAAUUUGCGAAAAAUCCUAAUUUAAUAUAUCAUAUCUUAAGUUAAGACCUAAGAUAAGAAAUUUUCUGUAAUACGCCCCUGGACAUUCAGAUGACACAGUGCCGAUUACUAAUGUUCAUAAGAACUUGUACUCACUCUAGUAUAUGAAGACUGUCCAGACCUGCUCAGCAGGUCUGACCCAUAGGAAGCAAAGCCAGCAACUCAAACAAUGAUAUGGGCAUUGUUUCACAAAGUCCACAAAUGAAGACAUAUGCAGUUUCAUCUCUGGAUCAUGGACAAACCAAAGCAGACGUUCAAAAUUUUAAGCACGAAAACUUGAGUCCACAACCUCAAAAGCAAUUCACACACACACACAUGCUGUACAAACAUUUUUAUACUGUACAAACUGUAUUUUCUAUUGCACUAUUUCUAGUGCCCUACACCAACCCUACACCUAAACCUAUCCGCACACAAAACUUUCUGCAUUUUUAGAUUUUCAAAAACUUUCAUUCUGUAUGGUUUAUAAGCUUGUUUCCCCAUGGGGACCUAAAAAAUGUCCCCAUAAGGUUAAAAUUUACUGGUAUUACUAUCCUUGUGGGGACACUUGGCCCCCAUAACAUGAUAAAUAUCUCUCUCUCUCUCACACACACACAAACAAACAAACAAACAGAAAUUUCCUCAUAUUCUUUUCAUUCACCUUUGGUCUAGCUUGAUUUCUAGCUUCCCAAUAAACCUGGCAUUCUCUAUGAAUAUUGUUGGCUAGUUUUGUCUAGUUAGUCGUGAGUUACAGAACACAUACAUAAAAGCCAGAAACAAUGUAUUAGAACAGAAAAAUUCAAGUGUCUCUGUAGCUGUCAGAACGUUGUUACUUAAUUCUGUAGCAGCAGUGCAGCCUUCACCUCACUCUCAGCUCAUUGGCUGGAAGUCAGCAAUGAUGUCAUCACAGAAUGUUAUAAGGGCUCCAACAAACAGCCUGGGAGCCACACUUAACGUAACACCGCUCAGCAGAGUGACUGUAUGUGAGAGAGGUUGAGAAAAGUGCUGUGGUGACAGAGGAAGAGAGAGCAAAAGUGAGAGAGAGAGAUAAGCAUGCAAGAGAAACACAGGGAGGAUCUACUCGUUCGUAACAAACCUAUAAACCUUAAGAGCAUACUGUAACUUUGUAUGGAAGGAGAAGUGGAAGUGGAAGUCAUUUUUGGAGGUCAUGGCAAACACCUCUGUAUCUCCAAACCAAUCGUGUCUGAAUGACAACCAGUCUAACAUUGACAGAACACAGAUGGUGCUGUUGGGCACACUUAUGUCCAUUCUUGUUCUGGUCAUCGUCUUUGGCAAUGUGUUGGUAAUUACAGCCAUUGGCCGCUUCCAACGACUUCAGACCGUCACAAACUGUUUCAUUACAUCACUUGCGUGUGCAGACCUGGUCAUGGGAUUGGUGGUGGUACCUUUUGGCGCCAUUUACAUCGUCCUGAACACUUGGCACUUCGGCAGAUUCUGGUGUAAUUUCUGGACGGCCACCGAUGUUCUGUGCGUCACGGCCAGUAUUGAAACGCUCUGUGUCAUCGCUCUGGAUCGCUACCUUGCCAUAACAUCCCCCUUUCGCUAUCAGUCCUUACUGACCAAGGGCAGAGCUCGCAUCAUUGUGCUGCUGGUGUGGGUCAUCGCUGGGCUCAUUUCCUUCCUACCCAUCUAUAUGGGUUGGUGGGUUGACAAAAUGAAAGCAAAAUGCUGCUUACAGGAUGUUAACUGCUGUGAAUUCCAUACCAAUCAUGUCUAUGCCAUUAUCUCAUCCAUAAUCUCCUUCUACAUCCCUCUGGUCAUUAUGAUUUUCGUCUACAGCCGCGUCUUCCAGGAGGCAAGGAAGCAGCUGAAAAAGAUUGACAAAAGUGAGGGACGAUUUCAUGCUCAGAACAACAGCAAAAUGCAAGAGGUGGCAAGCAGCCACUGUGAGGCAAGGACCGCCAAGAAGCCCAAGUUCUGCCUGAAGGAACAUAAAGCUUUGAAGACUUUGGGCAUCAUUAUGGGUAUAUUCACGCUGUGUUGGCUCCCGUUCUUUGUACUAAAUGUGGUCAGGGACAUAUAUAAUGAAAAAUUCCCAAAUAUGGACCCUAUUGCAUUCAAAAUCUUAAACUGGAUAGGUUACGCUAACUCAGCCUUUAACCCACUGAUCUACUGUAGAAGUCCAGAGUUCAGGUACGCUUUCAAGGAGAUCCUAUGCCUCAACAGGUCACGUUACCCUAACGUUAGGCCAGUCAAUGGAUAUAUAUACAGUGGGCACAGCUGGCAAAGUGAGCACCGAGGACGAAGCAAAGGCAGCUCAGAGGACAGUGACCCAGCUGAGAAAGAGGGAUGCGUGUCAGCAGAUAAAACAGACUCUAAUGGGAACUGCAGUAAAAACUUAAUGAGUGUGUUGUAAAUCACCUUGUGAGUCCUGACUCGCUCCACUGUGACCUCAAUGUGUCACAUAAGGACAGGUUAAGCCUCCUCUGGUAAGUGACCAAAGGUGCGUUUGUGUUGGAAAAAGGCAUUUUUAAACAUUUGUUUUCCUCAUCUACCUCAUUGCUUUCUCUUAGUUUCACUUGCUCUGUCAGUUCAUUUCACCACUCAAAUAGGUUUGUGCGCUCAAAAAGUAGUUUCAGCUAAAGAAAACAACAAAUUAGAUGCUAAAAAUGUUUAAUUCAGUUUUAAAUGAACAGAAAUGCUCACAGAGUUUGUAUUUCUUUGAUAGCACUGAAAAAGACACUUUGAAGUGGUUUUUCAGUAAAGGGAUUUCCCUCCUGAGUCAUGUUUCUGUCAUCUUGCACAAAGUGAGGAACUUAGUUUCAGUCUUAAAGAAUGUUUUCUUACAUUAAAUUAACAGAUUAAAACAGGUACUGCCGUCUGAAGCAUUUUCAUUGUAACUUAGUUAAAUUUGGAUGCUUAAAUAUUAAAUCAUUCAGUUAUUCAGGCUCACAUAUACACAAAAAAACAAGCAUUACUUCACAAAGUAUCAGGUUUACUCCUCUAAAACAGGCCAUUUCUGAUGGUACAUAAAAAAUACACCACAUAAAAAGUCUUAUACCUGCUACAGCUUUGUUCUAACUAGUCUAGAGUACAUCUAAAAAUGUCUGGGUUAAAAAUUACCCAAUUUUUUAACUCGGCGCAGAAACAACACCUCUUACCACAAUGAAAGAGGAAGAGAAAUCGCAUGUUCAUACCAGCUUAUUUAAGGAAAUUGCAUAGUUCAGUCUUUUGGUCAUGUGAUUGCUUAAGCUGAGUAUCCUUAGAUGGAAGUCAACAACAACAACAAAAAAACAUUGUAUGCUAAUGCACAAUAUCACAUUUUCUCUUGCUUACAAUGUGUAUGAUAACAGAACUUCUCUGGUGGCCUGUUUUGAUCUGCGUUGUGUCAUUUCGGGUUCCUAAACAGGCACAAUCCUGAAUGCUGCCAAAUCCAAAUUAUUCACCCUAGGAAUGUUCUUGACAUUUUCCAGUACAAAUGAGCAAAGUCCAUCAAGCUUCCGUGUAAAUCCCUGAGAUUCAGUGUUUAUCAAAGUCAUUAUGUGACUCCCUCUCAAAAAAAACAUUAUCUAGAAAGAUAAAUAAAUUAGGAGGCAUCGGGUUUCCUGUCAGGCUCAGCUAAUGCAUGCAGUGCAAAGCACACAGCAAUUUCCCUGUUCCUCACUCACUCAUAUUUCUGACCUAGGCGUUUAAUCUAAUGUUCCAUGCAUAUCAUAAACUGCGUAAGUGGUAAACUGUUUCAAUACUUGUCAGUGUUUGUGAACUAUUAAUUUAGGGCAAGUGUCUCUCUGUUACUGUGCAGCCUGUUUAUGCGGUCGAAAACUGUGAACUUUGCUCUUUAGGAUAUCUCUUCGUAUUCGUUGUGGCUUUUUGUGGUCUUGAUCGAUUUUGUGUGCAAAGCAAAAUGCUUUGACGAUUUCAAGCAUUUCUACACGUUUACUUUUCAUGGAGAACAUGUGGUGAUAAAACAAUAUUUCUUUUUCACUGAAGCAUUACAUCAAAGUGCAGUUUAAAACCAGCUUCUUAAAAGGGUGCACUGUAAAUCUGUCCAAGAUUUUACAUUGGAAACAUAAGUCAAACAUUGUCAAUGUAUACGUAAAUGUUAGAAAAAAAAACUAUGGAGAUUAAAAGAAUGCUCUGUCACUGUAAACACCGGACUACCAAGCAACAGCAUGCAUGUCCUUUUUCAGUAAAUGAAAGUGAAUGUGACGGCUUGGACAGAUUUGUUAACACUGCACCCUUCUGGGAAGGAUUUUCUCUGCAUGUAGAUCACAUUAACCUCCCGUGUGAAACUCAGACCUGCACCACCGUGCGCUAAAUGAAAUAUUUGUGCCAUCUUUGCUUUGAUUGUGGCAAUGUGAUUUACUAUUGUGUUAGAACAUUAUAUUAAUACUGCCUUCUCUGUGGACACGCUUAACCUGUUGAGUAAAGUGUUUACAUUCAUAAAUGUCUUUCAGUUAGACAUGGGUCACAAAUUAUUGGCAUGCAAAUUGCCAUGAAUUGCACUUUCAUCUUAGUAAUUAAGCAAUGCUCUGGAGUUAAUGUCACGCUAUAGACAUCAUAUUGAUGUCACUUUCAGCAUUUAAUGUGCACCAAGUAUUUUUUCAAUUGAAAGUUUAACAGAUACAUAAAAAUUUGUAGAGUUUCCCCCAAAAACAACAUUUUAUUGUACGCAAGGGUCUCCUUUCAAGGUGGCCACCAUUUUGAAACCACAUGACCAGCCAAAUACUACUUAUUUGAUCUUGUUAACCCCCUAUUAUUGGAGACAUUUCGUCAAAGAAUAAAUUAAUCAUGAAUAACACAUAUGGCCCUGUAAAGGGAAUUUAUGCAUAUUUAUGAUUUUGCAUAAUGCUGCAUUAAUGCAAAUAGGUGUCCAGUGUCAUACUGGGCAGCGGAAUAUAAACAAAAAAAUUACUUGGUGCACAUUAUAGUCCAUCAUCUCUGUCUGUACAGUUGAAAAGGGAACAAGACUUUUCAUAGUCACCUUUUGGUCUUAAAAUGUUCUGCUUAACAGUUUGAAACAGACAUUUUGGAAAGCAUAAUUUGCCUGGAAGGAGAUUAAUUGUCACAUUUGUAAGUACAGACCCAGUGUGGACAACCUCUUACUGAUGCAUGAAGAUGUGAUUAAAAAUGCCCUGAAUAUUGCUUUAACGAUAUAAGAGCAGAUUUCAAAUUCAUAAUGCAAAUGCAAAAGUUCAAAGAAAGCUUCCCACUCAACUUGCUGAAGUCAUGACAUGUGUACUGUAUAUAAUGUUGUUCCAGUUUGAUGUUUACUUACAUUUCUUUGAGCUACUUUCGUACAAGAUUUAUCACUGUUUUGUUGAACUGCAAUGAAGUACGUUCAACUAUAUUUGUCUAUAUUAGUGGUAUUUAUGAAAUACAAGUGUCAUGCCAUUUGUAUUCUGUAAUAAAUGAUGUAUUUAAUGUA